UACUACUCAUAAUAAUAAUAAUAAUAAUAGAAGUUGAUUUAUGAAGCACAUUUGAAACAACCAGAGUUGACCCACUGCUGAACAAUAUAAAAAAAAAGAUUAGGAAAAGUACAAGAAUUAAAAUAAAAUAAAAUGAAUUGCUACAUGAAAACAACUCAAAGAAUUAAGACAAGUGCAUCAAUAAAAUAAAAUGAAUAGCUGUAUCAGUGCAACGUUUGAAGCUGGUGAUUUGAAGCAGGAGCUUUACUUGUAAUGAAGUAUUUUUACUGAGGGACCUGGUUCUGGAUACUUCCACCUCCACAUCUGGAUGCUAUACAGAUGUUUUAAGUUUAUCCUCUUUAGGAAAUUCUGUUCUAUACUCGUCUAAAGGGCCAGAGCUUCAGUUUUGUUCUCAGGUUGACAAACAAAACGUCCCAUUGUCCACACUGGUACUUCAGAAACUCCUUUAUAAUCUCCCGUGGUCCUAAUGCAUGGGACUUAAACUAAUUAUAACAUACAUGAAGUCCUGUGAGUCACUGGAUAAUCGCCCCAGACGAGCAUCGAUCCACAUCAUCCCCUCCAGCUGUGCGUAAAGGCGCAACAUGAGCGUUGAAGGGUCCUUGUGGCGCAAUGAGGUACCGUCAGAGAAGACGCGCUGUUCUUCUUCUUCUUCUUCUCUCUUUCUCGGUACUUAAGAACCGAGCAGAGACGUGGAAACUACCUGCACAUGUAUUUGAUCUUACUCGGACUAAAGGGAACGAAAAGGCGUUGGAUAUUUCCAUGCAGAGUCAUUUUACGCACGGUUUGUGGUGAUGGAGAUACUGAAACUUGUUGUGAUUGUUCUGCUGCUGCUCACAAAUGUUUUCUGUCAAGAUGUGGACAACUGGAGAGGAGCCAGAGAAGAGAACAAAUGGCCAAACUCUGAAGUCAUUGAAGAUGUGUUUGUGAGACUGAUCAGAAAACCAGGACCACGUCAGUAUCUGGGACACAUGGGGAAGAAAGACUCUGGGAAAACACAGCCAGCACGUAAACGACACAAAUUUCAAACCUUCGUGGGUCUGAUGGGGAAACGGAGCUUUGAGGAUGAAGGCUUCAUGGGAGCUGCACAGAGGAGCGAGGAUUACUGAGGAGAAAACAUCUGUGUCUCUACUUCGAUUCAUCUCAGAUCAACAAGAAGUUUGUGUUUUCAGUUUGUUGUUGUUUCAUGAAAAUGUCUCAUUGAACAGUUUGACACUGGGGGACACCAGCGACAUCUAGUGGCAGAAUAAUGUCAACACUGGAAGUUAAACAACAGUGAUACUUUAAUGGUGCAUAAUUAUUAUGAUGUAAAAAUCACUUUAUAAUAAAACCGUCUCACUCCUCGUUAUCAUCACAGGUUUAUUAAGUGACUUUGUACAAUACAAAUGAAAAAUAAAAUUAAAAAUACAGAGAUGGAGUACAUAGCCAAAGCAAA